UUGAGUUUGGAAGCUUUUUGCGUUUUCUUCAAAAGGGGUUGAAGUCAUCUUUGAACCCUAAAGAUUGGAUUUUUGGGUGCUGGAGGGAAAUCCUUUGGAUUGAUUCUGUAGGGUUGCAUUGAAUUUGGAACCUUUUUGCGUUUUGCGAAUUGGGUUUUCUUCAAAAGGGGUUGAAGUCAUGUUCUAUGGUGCAGUGGUGUGGGAUCCAUGGCUCAUUGUUGCCCAGAUUGUUUCCCUUCAAUGCUUAUACUAUCUAUCACUGGGAGUUUUUAUGGAGAUUCUUGUUGGGACUCGGGUAUCUCGAAUGAGUCUCGUGUAUUUCUUUGAUUAUUCCACAGUUGCCGCAUCUACAGUCACUGGUUGGUGUGUCAUUGCUUCAUUUAUACUUGGCUCGAUUGCCGGAGCUGUUUAUAUGGUUUAUUUGAUUGAGAGGGCGAAGAAGUGCUUAGAUUUCUCAGCCACCCUCUACAUCAUCCACCUCUUGAUAUGCAUCAUGUAUGGAGGUUGGCCAUCCUCGAUUACAUGGUGGGUUGUGAAUGGAACUGGAGUUGCAGUGAUGGCAUUGUUAGGUGAAUAUUUGUGCAUCAGACGUGAGCUGCGAGAAAUACCCAUAUCGAGAUAUCGUUCAAACGUUUGAUUGAGCAGAGAAACUAAACAGGGAAGAACAGGUUUCCCGGCAGCUGGGAGCAUUAUACGAUAGCUGUUUUUGUCUUUCCUCAGAAGGAUUCGCUGGGUAAAGAUCAUCAUAUAGAAAAAGUUGAACUUUUCUUAGAGGGUAUACUGGAAAGACUGUUAUGGGUUGGUAUUGUGUUCGCUGGAGGUAUUUUCAGGCCAUAGCUAUUUAAAACUUCUUGCAGUUGCCGAUGGUAUCAGAGUAGAACUAGUUACGAGUCAAUUAUGUUACGGAACCCUACAUGUGUAAUUUAGGUAGAUGUGAAAAACGUUGUUCAUGUUGCGUUGAUAUCGACAACCGAUGUACUUCCAAUGGUCUGAUAUCGUAUUUAUUCUUUAAAAUCAUUUGGUCA